AUGUCACACGCACACGACGGUGUUUCCCACUCGCAUGAUGGCGGCUUCAACGCCCAGGAGCACGGCCACUCGCACGAGAUUCUCGACGGGCCGGGCAGCUACGUCGGACGCGAGAUGCCCAUUGUCGAGGGUCGCGAGUGGGCUGAUCGAGCCUUUACCGUUGGCAUUGGCGGCCCCGUCGGCUCCGGCAAGACGGCGCUCAUGCUUGCCCUCUGCCUCGCUCUCCGCCAAGAGUACUGCCUCGCCGCCGUCACAAACGACAUCUUUACGCGCGAGGACGCCGAAUUCCUGACGCGCCACGCCGCGCUGCCCCCCGCCCGCAUCCGCGCCAUUGAGACGGGCGGCUGCCCCCACGCCGCCGUCCGCGAGGACAUCUCCGCCAACCUCGCCGCCCUCGAGGACCUGCACCGCGAGUUCUCCACGGACCUGCUCCUCAUCGAGUCGGGCGGCGACAAUCUCGCGGCAAACUACAGCCGUGAGCUCGCCGACUUUAUCAUUUACGUCAUUGACGUCAGCGGCGGCGACAAGGUUCCCCGCAAAGGCGGCCCCGGCAUCACGCAGAGCGACCUGCUCGUCGUCAACAAGACGGACCUGGCCGAGGCUGUCGGCGCAGACUUGGCCGUCAUGGAGCGGGACGCGCGAAAGAUGCGCGAGGGCGGACCCACGGUGUUUGCGCAGGUCAAAAAGGAUGUGGGCGUGCAGCACAUUGUCAAUCUGGUGCUGAGUGCCUGGAAGGCCAGCGGCGCCGAGGAGGAGCGCAAGAGCAAGGGCGGACCCCGGCCAACGCCUGGUCUUGAGGAGCUGAACAAGUAA